CCUCUACCCCCUUGUAUCCUUUACAUACUACCUAGUUCCCUACCUAGUACAUACAUAUACAUACAUACAUACCUGACAUCGCAUGCCUGCCUGCCUAACCCACAUAAGCUAGACAAGCUUCCACAACCGUUCUGGCGCUGAUGCGAAGGACUCCCCCGGCGCAUCCCAAUCCAUGCCCGGGCUCACCGUAGCUUCGGCCAUGGCAACGUCGACCCGUCAAGGCUCGCGCGAGCCCCGUGUAGUCAAGCCGGCUCCGAAGUUGCAGAGUUCUUCCGGGUUGUUUGCCGGCCGCAUCUUAUGGCUGCCGCCCAAGUCCGAGAUAACCGCCAGCUCCGCCGCCGCCGAUGACUCCGACUCCGACUCCGACUCCGACUCCAAGCUCGACGAGGGAAUGUGCAAUCACCCGGUCGUAGUGCUGUCGCCCCAUGCCGAUGGCGGCAAGGUCGUUUAUUUGAUUAUGACCUCCUUCAACAGCCAAACGCUCGAGUCCCGCUUCCCCGGGCACGACCGCGCGAGCACCAAGAACCGGCAGCCGUACCUGCCGAUCGAGCCCGCGCCGGCGCACCCGGACAACGGGAAGCGGCUGCGUCUCGCGCGCGGCGCGCCCGCGAUGCGGAAGGAGUCGUACGUGCGCACGCGGCCGCAGCACCGCAUCCGGCACGCGGUGCUGCGCCCCUACGAGCGGCGCCGCGGCCCCGACCUCUUCCUCGACCCCGACUCCUACCGCGAGCUCAUCGCCUACGCCAUGUACACCCCGCCGCCGCCGCACCCGGCUUCCCGUGCCGUUCCUGUUUCCGUCCCCGUCCCCAUGGUGAGGGAGCGCAGCGGGAGCUACAGCGAGUUCGUGUCCGUGCAGCGGGGGCUCGAGAGCGGCGUCGCGGGCACCUCGCCCGUUACCACCACCGCCGCCGCCGCCGCCGGCCGAGGCUACGUCCCUCUUUUCACUACUACUACUACUACUACCAGGGACACAACAGGCCCCCGAUACUCUCGCUACGUACCCGCCGCAUCCCCACCACAGCCCAGCGAGCGGGAUCGCCUGCUUCUCCACGGCAGCAGCAGCAGCUACGGCGGCGGACACCCCGCGUACGGGCACUACUCCUCCCCCCAACCGCACUCCAGCUCCCACCCCCACCGCCCUCCCCCUUCAAGCCCCGGCUCCGUCACCGGCACGACGGUAUGCCAGAUGCUGUUCACGAUCGCGGCCGUCGCGCUGUCCGGCUGCGCGGUGUGGUAUCUCGUGUCGUGGCUCAUUGGCGAUCCAAAGCUGCUGCAGCAUCAGCAUCAGCAUCAGCAUCAGAGUCCAGGCGACGCUAUUGCUGCUGCCGCUGCCGCUGCCGCUGCCGCUCAAGGGGGGAGAGGCGCGGUGGUGAGCAGGAUUAUGACGAUUUGGUCGAGGGGGAGGAGGGGUUUGGAGGUGCUUGGGAGAUCGUGGUAGUUUUGCGGUGAAGACAAGGCCUUUUUGAGAGAGAGAGAGAGGGGGGGGCUGUGCUUUUAGGGGAUGCGGAUGCUACAGAGAAGAGAAAAAACGAAGAAGAGGAAAUAAAAAAAGAAAUAGGGGCUUCGAGAUCUGUUGUUCGACUAAGAAGAUGCAGGCAGGCAUGCAUGUCCAGAAUCUCACGAUUGUUGUAGGUUACCUAGGUAGGUAUGAAAAUUGGCUUCGAAUCAGGGUCAGGAUCAGGGACGCCACGGGCAAAACAGAAUAAUACAUAAUUUCCAAGGCUGUAUUAUACAGCCAUAUUUCAGGCGGGCG